UCCGAUCGGGGGCACUGUGAGUGUGCACUUCCGCUUUUCUUUUCACAACAAAAACACGACACAGAUGAUCUCAUUGAGUGCCGUCAGCUGACCAAAUGGGACCGUAUCCAGGAGCAGAUUCAGACGACACGUUUGACUAUUUAUUCAAGAUUGUGUUGAUAGGGGAUGCGGGGGUCGGGAAGACGUGCGUGGUCCAGAGGUUCAAAUCAGGGACAUACGUGGAGAAACAUGGCUCGACGAUUGGGGUCGACUUCACCAUGAAAACUUUACAGAUAGACGGAAAGCUGAUAAAGCUCCAAAUUUGGGAUACAGCAGGACAGGAGAGGUUUCGAACCAUCACUCAGAGUUACUACCGCAGUGCCAAUGGUGUAAUUAUAGCUUAUGACAUCACAAAGAAGGCUUCAUUUGAGAGUGUGCCGCGGUGGAUUGAAGAUGUAAAGAGAUAUGCAGGACCUAACAUUGUACAGUGUAUCAUUGGUGAGUACUAUGUAACAUUGUAGUGAGUACUGUGUGUA